UGGCGCCCCAAAAUACCCCCUAACCAAAAACGGCCGACCCAACGCCCCGCUAGUUAGUCCGUCCGGCGCCGGCUUUCCAGACAAUCACAUGAGCAUGGACGAUCCGCUGGGGUACGUCGUCGAGAAAAUGGUGCAAAAGUCCAUCGAAGACCUGUUCAACUCGCCCGAGUUUCUCGAAGAACUGCGUCUGGCGUCAAUGCCAGGCGCGUUGUCCGCGCAGUCGUCCGCCACCCUUCGCGACUACUUCAGCGCCGACUCAUCCGUUGGCGGGAUGGUGCACUUGCUAUUCGAAGACCCCAAGGUCUUAUUCACGUACCGCAACACCCCGACGUACGCCGAGUGUGCGCGGCUGUACCAUUUGCAAAACCUCAUGACGAGUUCCAACUUCGCGCAGAGCAUUUUGGACACGUUUUUGGCGGUCGAGACGACGUCGGCGCGCACACAAUUGCUGACAAACUUGCAGCGAUUUGAACCUGUAGAUGCCAUGAACGCCGAAGCCAUCUCCCGAGUGUGCACAGCCCUCUUUGACAAGACGACCGUCGCGCUCUUCUUUUCCCUCUACGACGACAGCCACGUCGCCUUUUUUCAAGGCAUUUUGUUUCAAAUCGGACGCGAAUGCAUGAAAGAACUCACGCUGCGGUUCUGCGACGACCUGUUCUGCGACAGCCCCGACCAACAGGCGCAGUGGGACGUGGUGCCGUACCAAAUCCUCGCCCAAGUGUUUCCGUGUACUUCCAUGCCGAGCCUGGUCCCGAAACUGCCACCUGGCCUGGACUUGGCCGCCACGUCCCUCGACUACAAGUUCCCCCUCAUGCUGUACACGUGCGACUUUGUGACAGACCUGAUCCAGGAGAAUCGGCCGGACACCGUCGGGCGGUUCAUCGUGACCCAGCUCACGACCAACCCCGUGCUGGCGGCGGCGCUCGUCGACGGCGUCCUCACCGACCUGCAGACCCUGCCCACGCCGCUCUCGUGUGAGUCGUACGGGAUGAAGAUCCUCAACUCGAUGCUGCAGCUACACCACUGCGGCUGCAUCAGUCGCCAUCAAGAGGACAGUCAAACUGCAAGGGAAGUCGACUGCCAGGGAACGCUGAAUGCGCUCUGGACGGCGUUUGUCUCUAGAUUACCGUCGUUUCUAGACGUGCUACACAUUCCCCCCCACCAAACGUUUAGCCUCAAGCAUGUGCAGUUGCUCUACUUGUUGUACCCCGUGCUCCGCGUGAGUUGCAUUGCCGUGGACGAGUUGCUCAUGCAAGAUCGCACGUUUGAGACAUUACUUGCCCUGGUCGAACGAUAUCCCAACGCGAAUAUCCUACAUACGGCCAUCUGCCGCCUCUUCAUCACGUGCCUCGAGGACUGCCCCGUGAUGUUUGGCCAAGAACUGCAGACCCGGCGGACGAUCUGGGACCCCCUGCGCAACUCCCUUCUUCGCGACGCCAUCUUCCAAACCGUCAUCAAGGGCUGUCAUUCGCGCUACGUGACUUGCUUCAAGGACAUCGCCAUGUCGUUCGAUGAGCUCAUGAUGCAGACGCCGCCCGUGGCCGCCGACAUCGCCGCCAUGUGGCACGAAUUCGCCACGACUGACCUCGAAGAUAUACGCGCCGAGUGGGCCAUCAACCUCCCCGCCCCCAACGGCAACGGGGUGGAGAACCAUCUCAUCCAAUUGAGCAAGCAAGCGCUGAAUGGCAGCACGAGUGACCUCAUGAUCGACGAAAACGUUUGCGACGACGACGAACACGACCCGUAUCCCACCGCCGCGGCGCUUGUCAUGGACGUCCCCGGUCGCAAAAUGUCCUUGCCAACGUCGCCUCACUCGGACGCAAGGAAGCUGGCCGAAGUGGGCAGCGCCACUACGACCACCACCACGUUGUCACAGCUCAAAACUCGUGACAACAUGGACGACAAUGUAGUGGGGGGUCGCAAUGAUGACGGCGACUCGUCGCGCCUUGACACAAUCGCGCCCGCGUCGUCCCCGAAGAAGGACCUGCUCUCCCCCCUGCACGCCCUCUACGAUUCCGAGGAGAACGACCUCAUCCGUCAGUUUUCCAAAGCCAACGCCGAGCCCGUCGUGCGGUAGUCCAGUGGUCAUCGAUACGAAGUUGUCCCCGACUUUGUCGACUUAUUUGUAACUUAACCCAUUGUGGCACCACGCUUAUCGCUAUCGUAUGUAGUCCUGGCAUCGAUAAUUACUGUACUACUAGUACCAC